AUAAGGAGAUGCUCCGGCGAGGAGGUUCAGUUCCAAAAAUGUUGUCAUCUUGGUUGUUUUCUUGUUUUUGUUUCGUCACCUUCUUUGCAAUUGAAGGGCAGACAUUUCAUCGACAGCCGAAGCAUUUACACCCAGAACUCGACCCUUUUGAUGGAACUGAUGGCAACGUAGCUCUACACCAGGAAGAAACAGCUGUUGUCCAUGGUCCGCCAGUGCAUUUCUGGGAUUCCGACGAUGAAGAUGUGGAAGAAUACGGCACGUUUGACGUUGAAUCGUUUCGCAGUCAUCCUCUGUACGAUCCUUGGAGCAAAGCUUCGAGAUACAUGAACGAUAAACUGAGAUUCAUCACCAAAUACAUUCCUCUCACACCUGGGCCAACCGGUCCACCGGGACCAACUGGACCAACCGGACCUGCUGGACCAACUGGAGCCACAGGACCAACGGGGCCGACUGGACCACCAGGACCAAUAGGAGCCACAGGUGCUGCGGGAGCCAAUGGGGCCAACGGAGUUAACGGAGGCAACGGCGCGCCUGGUGCGACCGGGUUAUCUGGAGCUAAUGGAGCAGCCGGCGCACCUGGUGCGAGCGCAGCGCCUGGUAACCCUGGAGCGGCUGGAGCGGCCGGUGCGGCUGCUACGUCUACUUCAUCUGCGGGUGGAGGCGGAGGUGGCGGUGGUGGCAGCACUGAUGGGACAGGAGGUACUGGAGGAACAGGUGGAACGCCCGGUCGUUCUUCCGGCCCAAUCGGACCACCAUACGAUGCACAAGACCAAAGGGGACGAACUAAACGGGAAGGAGCUCCAUCAGUUGCAGAACGGAAAAAUACUGAAUUGGAGCCGUGGUACAAGGCUUCGAGAUACGUUAGCGAGAAAUUGAGAUUCAUUAAACAAUACAUCUCAAUCACACCUGGACCAACUGGGCCUGAGGGACCUACUGGACCAACUGGACCCACUGGACCCACUGGUCCCAUGGGGCCAACGGGGCCAACGGGAGCAGGCGGCGCGGUAGGUGCAGAUGGGGCGGCAGGAGCUGCUGGGUUAGACGGUCAAGCGGGUCAAGCUGGUGUGGACGGGGUGGCUGGAGUAACAGGAGCCGACGGUGCCGAUGGUGUAGCCGGAACCGAUGGAGUGGCCGGCGUAGACGGGGCAGACGGGGCUGCAGGUGGGGGUGGUAGUUCAUCUUCUUCAUCUGCGGGUGGUGGAGGAGGUGGCGGCGGAGGAGGUCGAUCUUUCGAUUCCUAUUCUUCGAUGCCAGACGGCCCACUAGGCCCUCCGUCUCCCUAUGAUGACGAUCCUUAUGGUCCAAUUGAUCGGUUGCUUGAACGAGGGGAAAGAGCUCUGGUUGAUUUAUUUCACCAACAUCCUGCAUUGGAUCCUUGGUACAAAGCCGGAAGAUUUGUUGUCAAGAAAUUGAGAUUCUACCAAACUUAUUUCCCACUCACGGGACCCACAGGUCCUAUCGGGCCGACUGGGCCGACUGGCCCUACAGGACCACCAGGGCCUACCGGACCUGAAGGACCUGCUGGUGCGGCGGGCCCCGAUGGGCCUCCAGGACCGACAGGGCCAAGUGGAAAUGACGGUAUUCCCGGCGUGCCUGGUGUCAACGGCGCCAACGGAGCCAACGCGGCGCCUGGAGUGCCCGGCCCGAACGGUGUCCCUGGCGUUCCCGGUGUACCUGGAGCAUCAGGAGCGCCAGGAGCUGGUGGCGGAUCCUCUUCUUCGUCUUCUGCCGGCGGAGGUGGUGGCGGUGGUGGCGGUGGCCGUGCUCUUCACGGCUCCUCUAGUUCAAAAGAUCCUGGAAAUCAAAAUGGCCGUCCGGGUCUAUCCUCACGCCGACCAGCAACCGCAUAAUUAAUUCAUUUCCUUCUUCAUUUAUUCUUUGAAAUAGAUUUUAGAUUUUUCUCAAAAAAGGAGGGGAUGGUAUUUCUUACAUGAAAA